AUGCUCUUACAGGUGCUCGUGCCAUUUCUGGCGCUGCUGAGGCUAAGUGCCGCGGGAUACGUGACAGUUCCGCUGCAUAGUCCGGCCGGUGUGACGUAUGUGAACCCGCAGCAGCACGUCGGAUUGUUGGCUGGUCCGGUACGGUACACCGCUGGCACACAGGCCACACUCGUUGAGGCACGGUCGGGACCAGUGUCGGUAACGGCAGCGCCGGCGCCCACCUACUACUCGUACAACCUACAACCGCAGCCCGUGUUCGGAAAGGCCAGUUACACUCCGGCGGUCCAGUAUCACACCACGUACGGAAGUCCCACGGUGCGUGUCUACGAACCGAAAUCGUUUGUGUACGGCGUGCAGGGUGGUGGCAGCGUGCCAACGACGCACACCGUCCAAUCGGUGCCGGUUUCGGUAUCAACUACCCAGUACCAUCACACUUCGGCGCCCAUUCCCGUACCGGUGACACCUGUUCCGCAUCACCAUGUUCCGGUGGCCGUACCCGUACCGACACCCGUCCCAGUGCACGUUCCCGUUCACGUGCCGGUCGCAGUUCCGGUAACACCAACGUACACCAAAACAGUCACCACCGGUCCGACCUACAUUCCGCCCCAGGAGAAGCACAUCCCGGUGGUGCGUUCGCGCAAGUUCAAGGUGCGUCGUCCUGCUAUUCAGAACCAGUUCUACGAUAUCGAGGAACGUGUCAUUAUUCGACCGGUUGGCUCCGCACUGGUGGAGCUGGAGCAGCCAAUCUCGCAGACGGAAACGCAGACAAAGACGACCAAAACGACCACCACGUUCGUGGAGAAGCGACCGGUGUACAGCCCACCAGCGCCGGCACCGGAAGUGCACAUUUCGGACGAAGGGUACGGCACGCGUACCGUCGCCAGACCGCAGGUUGUGACACAAACCACCACCGUGUACACGGAACGACCCCCGCUAAAGGGUGGCUACGAUCGGAUCGAAGUAGCGACACAGUCCAAGAAGCUGGCUGCGUCCACCAGCAAAGCGUCCGACGCUGAGUUUAUCGAAACGGAGCACGCCAACACCCCGACCGAGCGACCAUUCUACACGCAGGGCCAUGCCAUCUACCAUGGCCAUCAGCAGACGGCCUUUGUUAAUCCCUACGCCACCCAUCUAGCGCCCCAUCCCUUCGUGUACCAUCCGGCCAAUGCUGGACAUCUGUUGCACCACGUCGCAUACGUUGAUCAGCACUCGCCUGCGCUGGUGGCCACGCAUCCAAGCACCGCACAUCCUGGUACGGUGUUCCACAUACCCUCCUCCACUCCACUCUACCCUGUGACGCCCUCCGUUGGAGGGGAUUGUGAUCGCGACGGAAAAGCUCCCGAAUAUUUACCGCCCACUGCUCAGACACCUGCGCCCACCACACCAGCCCAACCACCCGUAGCUACGACGACUCCCAAACCGCCGACUAGUGUGACACCGGGAACCUACCCAGCUGAUGACGAGGUGGAGGACGAGUACGAUGAUUCGAUCGUAGUCGAUGCGCGCAGCGGUGCGAACAACUCCUCGGACUACUCGUCUACGGAAACGGACUACGCAGAUGUUACGAUGAUCGCCGCCACAACGGCGGCCAGCACCCCGCUCGUCUACCAUCACGACAAGUACCGUGGGGCCGAGCAGACGGAGUCACGACUUGGCGGGACUUCUUCGAUCGAGGUAAGUUAUGCCACACGCACUACCCCGGCCAGUGACAUCGUGGCGUUCGAUCCCUCCACCGCGUCGGGUGCAUUUGACUUUGGGCCAUCCUUCCGCGGAUCGUUCCCCACGACAACUUUCCCGCCAAGCCCCACCACCACCCCAGUCCCCACGACGAUCGGCUCCUCCAGCACAGCGUCAACCAGCACACCUCAGCGCUCGGUAACGAUUAUCUCCUCUACCACGCCACGCACCGUCGUAUCGGCUCGGUUCAGUGAAACGGACGCUGCUACCGCGCUGCGCACAUCCGAGCAGACGGAAUAUACGGCACGCAGUGCGACCUCCGGCAUUACCUCGCAAUCGGUCGUUGUCGGACAGGGGCUGACGCAGGAGCAGAUCCACGCCAAUCAGGAACAAUUCAUUAAGCUGCUGUCCGAGCGGGACUCGAUCGCGGAGGUGGGCUAUGGACCGAAGGGAGACACGUCCGGUACGCUGAUCGAUGCGUAUGUGCGUAGCCGUGUGCUGUCGGCUACACCAGCGCCACGCGACGCGAAGGAAACGUCGCGCACCGUCAACAUCCGGCGCAUUGUCGUGUCGCGCCCGGUCGAAACGGAACAGGAGGUUGAGGUGCGGGAACAGUCGUACGCGACCACCGUUGCGCCUCCGUCGUACGACCACGAGCACAAGCGCGAUGUUAGCGAGGUUACCCCGGCCGGCGGUGUUGAUCGUCAGCCGCAACAGCCCCCGGUUUACGUCACCGCCAAACCCCCAGCGUUCGCCAACGAUCGGGAUCAGUAG